AUGAAUUUGAGUUCACUCAAAAAUCAAAUAACAGAUGUCAAAAAGUCAAACAUAGACAUACAGAAACAAAUAAGUGAAAACGAAAAGAAACUAGAAUAUGACAGACACACAAAGAAACUCAAUGAGUUAAACGUAGAGAAAAAGAAGAAAGAAGAACAACUGAAAGAACUAAGUACAGAGGAAUAUGCGAAAAAAGUGUCAGAAAAAGCAACAGAAGUAGCAAAAAUGGAACAAGAUGUUAUAAAUUUGAAAAACCAUACUACUCAAUAUAAAGUACUGAAAGAUGAAGAAAUAAAACAAAAAGCCCUGAAGACAUAUAUGGAUAGCGAUGAGUAUAAAAAAGAAGUUGAAGCAAAUGUAAAGGCAGAAAAACUUUUACAGUUGCAAAACCAAACCGUACAGUAUGAAAACUUAGCACAAGAAAGUAAAAAUAACGACGCAGCCAUGCAAAAGGCAAUGAAAAGCUCAGAAUAUAUAAAAGCUAAUAAUGACUGGUUAGAUGCCCAAGCCAACGCCAAAGCAGCCCAACUUAUAGGGUCAAUAAGGACAAAAAUACAAGCAGAUGAAGACAGUUCAAAUGAAGCUUUAAUGAAUGCUGACUUUAAGAACGCCUUCGAAGCUCUUCAUAGUAAGGUGAAACUAGUGAACGACUUCUCAUCUGGAAAGAAACUGAAGUCUGAAGGUUUCGACAACGAGUUAAGAGAAGUAGCACAAAAUAUGACGAAAAUAACAGAUGCAGCAACGAGACAGGCAGUUCAAAGUGCCUAUGACGCCGUUAGAGCAACUGUUGUGGAAAGUCAAGAAAAAGAGUUACAACAGACCAAAACAGACCUAGUAAAUGCUUUCUUAAGAACGAAAAGUCAGGUAGGACAUUAUGCUGCAGAUGGAACAUAUGUGCCAGCUGGUGGAACUUAUAUACCAGCUGGUGGAACUUAUAUACUAGCUAGUGGAACUUAUAUACCACCAAACCCUCCAAGAGAAGCACCUGCACCAGGACUACCUAAAACAUUUACAUCGUCAC